UCGGUCUCUAUCUAUACCAGUUUUCAGCUAGCCGUGCGUGUGAGUGUUUGUGUCUUUCGUUUAAAUCGAACUGAUACGACUUUUAAUUCGUGCGUCUUUUACAAAAACUCUGCUACUAUUUAGUGCAAAAAAACUGGACUUUACGCUCCGUUGCAGCGUUAUCGGUACUGUGCAGGAGGUGUUUUGUGAAUUUGUGAAUGUUUGUGACUACGCGACGUUGUCGUGUCGAGUCCGUCGUGUAUCCUUCGGCUCUGCAAGUUAACUACAGCAAGAAAAGCACACCUUCACAUCUAUCGAUAAAGUACCUACUUGGUGGAGCUGGGUGUGAACCCAGAUACGGUGUGUGUAGUUUAUGUAACCAUUAUUACUCUUAUUGAAUAAACGUUAGUGUCAAUUUAAAUUAUUAACUUUACGAAGCUAGUGCAUAAUAAAGUCGGAUUGAAGUGAGUGUCUUUUUUUACAUAAGUGAAGUGUCUGAGACGCCGACGCUACUAUUGUGUAUCACAAAGUAUAAAGUGAUUUGUGUCAUUAGUUAAUGGAUUGUUAACCAUUCGGAUUUCAAGCAGCUCGAUGGCAACUGUUACACCAAAAACAAAGGAGGAGACAUGAACGCGAUUAGGGGCUGUCACUCUCAUCAAGCAGGGUAGCUGUCAUCGAAAGGUGGUGGUUAUAGGAGCGGGAGUGCGUAGUAUGGAUGACAGUUUCAACAAUGUGCUGGAAGGGACGCGUCAGUACUUUAUGGGAAUUCCGAAACAGGCGCAAGACGGUAACGGCCAUCAAAUGUGGCCUGGAGGUAAUUCUACCGAAGAAGGGACUCCUGCCCUGUCAGGAGCUCCGACACCAACAUCACGACCACCAUCUGCUGCCGCCGCUCCACCAUUAACAUCGGCGUCAUCUUCUGUCGUCGCUCCACCACGUCCGCCUUCUGAACCUAUUGAACCUGAAGCGCAUAUAAUCCACAAAGCCACAGUGAUGCGAGAAGCAGCGGAAAAGCGUCGUGAGCAACCAGAAAUUGAAGAUGAAGAAGAAAUAAUGGGGGCGCUCUCUCCACCUUCGCAUAUUAUUAGAAAGCCAACACAUCAUACGUUACCAUCACCGGCACCAGCUCCUGCCGUGCCUAGUCCAUCUCCAGCACGCCCAACUUCGGAGGCUCCUUUACUUCCUAUGUCGGGACAAGAUCAAAUGGAUCAUUCGACGCAGUAUCGCCCUUCAGUCCAUCGUGUACAAACCCCGACGGCAAGAUCUGCUGAACAUUAUACACCAGGCCGUACUCUUGAUCAUUAUUCAGUGUCACGUCCUCCAGAGCCUUUUCCACGUUAUCAAUAUGAACCAAAUUUAAGUGAAAACGGUAGGAACUCCCAUGGGCCUCCAAUUGCCUCACCUCAACCAUCCGUAAUGCAGCGUCAAAGUCCACAAACAUAUGCGAGGAUAUCAAGCACUAUGCCUCAACACACAAUGAACCGUUACAGCGAAUCAUCUAAUCCUAAUAAUACUGCACAACGUUAUUCUUUACCAAACUCGCAGGCGCCUCCGCCGCAUAACGAUCGAGUUCCACCAAUUCAUCAUCCACAACAUUUGCCACCGACAAAGAGACUUACUACUAUAGACAAUCGUACUGGGCAAGUGUAUUCAUCUGUUCCACAACGUCGUGAUUCUCCUUCAUUUUCGCGUCAAACGACACAAUAUGAAAGGCACCCAAGUCUUCCUCAACGAAAAUAUGAUCCACAACAAGCAUAUUCUGGUUAUCGACCGACGCCAACUGUGCCUGUACCUAUACCUAAUCGUAGGAUAGACACACAUCAUCAGGUUACAUAUAAACAUGGAGCUCUGGAUGUUAUGAACUCACAUUAUGCAGCAAAAUCAUUAGAUCGAGUUCAAUCUCAAUCACAAUUGCAACCUCAUGAAGUACCUCGUUUACCUACUCGUGGGGAUUAUAUAAGCAAAGGUAGAUCGGUAGAUUCAAGAAACAAUUACCAUUAUCCCACACCGUCUACAUCCGCCGUUCGAUAUUCAAGCGCUACAGUUCAAGCCGCUCAAAAUAAUUCAUCAUCACAUUCUCAAUCACAGUCUAGAACUUCAUAUCGGACAGCUGUAGCUCCAAAGACUAAUUAUGACUAUUCAAAUACAAACCAUGUACAAAUUUCACCGUCUCGAUCAACGGCCAAACCGGGAUAUCCUAGUCAGCAGGCACGAAUGACAGUAUCUGUGACAUCAUUAGUAAAUCAAAUGAACCAGACAAAACAAAAGCGUGAGUCGCCGCUUGAUUUAUCUGUAAAAACUGUUAAAAAUUCUGCGGAUUCGUCCACGACUCAAGAUGACGUGAUUGAUUCUGUAUCUAUGAAAAAUGAUAAUAUUCCGAUACAAACAAGGCCGACGUCAAGCAGUCGAAACCCUCUGGUACCUGGCUACGUCGCUUCACACAAAGUUGAUUUUGCACCUGAUUUUGCUCAAUAUAGAGAAAGAAACAUUAGCCAAGGCUACAAUGCGCUUCAUAAUAUUCACCAUCCUCUGCGUUACAAUGGAGCAUACACUUCUCCAAGGCCAGUAGCUGAUUCUUAUCCAGUUGAACCUCGCCAUCAAAUACAUACGGAACAUAAAUACAACGGACCAUUAAGCGGUACCGAAUACGUUCCACGUAUUGACCUCACCACACAAGGUGGUGAUGAUCGUUAUCCAGAGAGUAGGAUCCGCGAUGAUCGUCAGUUAAUUAUUGAAGAUCGAAAACGCCCCUCAGGAGCAAUUGUAAGCAAUAUUCCCGAAAAAAUUGUUCGUUAUGAAACUUGGACUUCGGAUAGUCGGAUAGACCAUCACAUGAAUCAAUCGGCACGUGAACAACGCGAAUUAAUGAGCCAACCCGUGUAUAGUUAUACAAGUCACAAAAGAUUUGAAGCUUAUCAAAAUGACCAAAAACGUUCUGCGAGCGCAAAUUCAUAUCGUGAGCACCAUUCUCACCAAAGGUAUUCUAAUAAUACUUACCCUGAAAUAGUAAAUAGGGAAUCAAGUGAUCAGAAUGCUCAUUAUCAUGAUCGGAUACCAUCCAGUAACAACCGUCACAUUAUACAAAAGAUUCCGAGCCACAGAGAUUUACAUUCACAUCACGUAGAUUCUCAUAAUAAUAUUCAACCUGCUGAUAAAAAAGUUUUAAGUAUAUUACGGAAUAGCUUAGAGACAAAACAAACGGGAUAUUUGGAAUCAGCUAAAUCAGCACGACAAAUACCUGAUCUCAUUGUUAUAGAUGACGUAGAUGAUUCUGUGAUAGAAAUAACUGAUAUAUCGACAGAAAAUGAAGUGGAUGCAACGCUUAACAGUAAUAAUUUAAAUACUAAUCAAAAUACGCUGGGUUUUGGUCACCACAUAAAAAUGCCAAAAGCUGUUGACUCAAUACCGCGUGAUUCAGACUAUCAGAAAUUCGAUAGUCCAGAUUCAAAAAGAAAAUCGCCUGAAAUUGAUGUCGCAUCAAGAAUACGAACAAAGGCUGAACUCAAAGUAAUGCCACAGGAAAAUUCCGCAAAAAUAGAUACAAAAACAGAUUCGUUAUCAACAGAAAAUGAUAAAAAUAAACCACUUCCAAAAUCGCAAAAACAACAUCUAUUUAAUCAAAUUCGCGAAGACAAUCUUCGUCUAGAAUCGGUUAUCAAAAAUGAAAAACCUAUUGAUAUUGUUCCAGAGGUUAAAAUUGAACCAAUGAAUAUUGAUGAAAUAGAAAAAGAUGCCGUGAUACAAGUUAAAUCUGAAAGUAUUUUAGAAAAUAUAGAUUUAUUGGAACGAAAUUCUAGUAAAGAAGAAUUUGAUAUAGAUUGGGCUAAUGCAUGUGAUAAUUUUAUGGAACAGCUUAAGACUGGAUGCCACAAGAAAAGAAACUGCAGAAAACGUAAUAAUACUUCAGACCAGGAAAGCGAUCAUAAAGCAGAAGAACCACCAAAAGACGAUGUCUCAGAAUCUCAAUCAGAAAUUAUAGUUACGGAUCUACCGCCCAUAAUCGAAAUUAAAAAAGAGCCUAUUGAUGAGGAUGAAUUGAAAUCCGAAAAUGAGAAGUGUGCCGUAUCUCCCCAGCCGGAUACGUUACCAAAGACUAAACAAAAGGAAAGAGCGGAAAAAAAUAAAAUUGAUAAGAAAAAUAAUAACGACAAAUGUAAUAGAAUUAAAAUAACUUCAAAAAACAAACAUAAAUCUCCAAAAAAAGAUGCUUCAGCAAGUUUACGCUCCUUAUCAAUCAAAACGGAAGUUGUAGAAGAGGAACCAAUGAAAAGUGAUAUUAAAGAAGAAUUAGAAUCUACAGAUGACGAUGAACCCUUAAUAAAAAGUAAAUUACUCAAAGAUAAACAACGAAAUUUAAAAUAUCAGUUAUUAAAAGAUCUUUCUGAAAAAUCUGCAUAUGUUAAGCUCGAAUGCUGUGACGAGCAGAUGAAUGCUAGUGUAAGAAGAUCAUUAGACUCAACUUCGAAAGAACAAGAAAAACAAAGUAAAGGUAAAUCAACGCGCCAAGUUUCAAGAUCAAAAGGAAAAUCAUUAUCUAUAGAGAAUAUGAAGAAAGAUAGAACAAAUAAUGAUUCCAGCUCGGACAGUGAUGAUGCGUUGAGUGUAGCUAGUAGACUUCGGGUGCGUAAAAAUAUAAAAGCCGAAGACAAUAAAGGCAGCAACCAGAAACAAAUGAAGUCUUCCCCAAAAAAAAUGGAUUGCAGCGGCAAUGGUUCACCAUUACUGCGUAAACCAUUUGGAGAUGGUUCUGACUUUUAUCCUGGUUGGCAAGAGGAGCUGUAUAAAUAUAAGAGAUCUUUGCGAAUGCCUACUAGCCUUAUUGCAAUUCCAAGAGGUCGUUCAGGAGGUCCGUUCCCUAAAGGUAGUGUACAAUUUACAAGAGGGUCAACAUCAUUACCAGAUUUAGAUCCUGUCCCACUAUCUCCAGCUCCAUCGUCUGCACCUUCAGCAGCAACAGACGAGCUAUAUAGAAGACCAGAUAAAAGCAAUCUUGAUAGUGACCUUGAAUCAAAUUCUAGUUGUUCCGCUAUCAAUAAACUCCACUAUGAUUCAGAAGCAUCAACUUCAACAGUCUUUUCAGCAGCAAAGAAAAAAAGUAGUUCUAUCGUUGACGUCCUUAUCCAAAAGUGUGGUAAAAGAGAAGAGUCGAAAAAGAAGUUUAAGGGUAAAGAUGACAAGACAGCAAAGAUUAUUCCAAAAACUUCGAAUUUUGCCGAACUUUUACCCACGCCUAGUUUGGGGCUUGUAAAAAAUGGGAAUAAAGGAAGUUUAAGCGCUAAAAAAGAAAAAUUAAUGGAAGAUAUCUUUUAUUUAGGCGCUUUUCGAAAAGAGACGGUUACUAUGUUUAGAACGGCUUUUAUUAAAGACACAGAUGGGUUGAUAGGUGCUACCGAGGAAUUUGCUCCAGUUGUGCUUAAAUCGAGGACCAGAACAGAAAGUAGAGUUUUAAAACAACGAGCAACUAUUAAAGAAGUUUUUGGCGAUGACAGGCCGGCUUCAGCGCCACCGACAUCGUGUAGAGAAGAUAUUAAUCAGGAAAACGAAGAAGAACUACCUAUUCCAAUAAAAAAAGAACCUGAAUUGAAGCCUAAAUUUAAAACAAAAAAAAUGGUGAAAGAAAAAUUAAAGCGUAGAUCUAGUUCAAUUAGGGACGGAUUACGAAGCACUAAGUCAUUAAAAACAAAUGAUGCGAAGGGAAGAUUAAUGCGAUUAAAGAAAAGGAACAGUUUAUUAAAAUCUUUUGCCCAUAAAAGAAGAAAAGAAAUGGCUAGUAGUAAACUAAAAAAAGAUAUUAAUCCUACACUUAAUGAUAAAGAAAAUAGUAAAGAAGAAGGAAGUUCCCCGGGAACAACGGAAGGAAAUACUAAAAGGCGUUUGAAAAGACUGUUUGGAAGGAGAAAAUUUAGUUCAGGUUUUGAUUACAUAAGAAAAAAGAAAAAAAUUAUUCGACGGGAAAAUAAUGCUCCAAAAGUUCGUCGAUCAGCCCCUAAACCAUGCCCAGAAUCUGUACACGAUAUUCAGAAAGAAAUUAAAGGUUGGUUUAUUAACAAAAGUAUUGGAGAGACGCAUUUACAUCGCGCCGCAAGACUUGGUUUUACCGACUGUGUUGCAUAUUGCUUAGAAAAAAUGGAAGCAGAUCCAUCGUCUAAAGACAAUGCAGGUUUUACUCCUUUACACGUAGCUUCUGCGAUGGGUCAUGUAAGAAUAGCUAGACUUCUACUUCAAUAUGGAGCUAAUGUAUCUGCGGCAGCACAAGGUGGUAUAAGACCUCUUCAUGAAGCAUGUGAGAACUUCCACGUAGAAAUUAUAAGGUUACUGCUUGCAUAUGGUGCAGAUCCCCUCUUAGGGACAUAUGCCGGGCAGACACCCGAAGAAUUAGCCGAAGGGACCGCAGCCAAGUUACUUCGAUUACAUAUAGCCGAUGUUCAGGGACGUGCUAUAGAACCUUGGAGAUUUCCACCACCGGCAGAAAUUAUUGAUCGCGAAGAAAAUGGUUGCGAUCCAUUGUCUUCACCCCCUCCCGCUUCUCCGCCUCCGCCGCCGGACUCCAUGAUAGAGAUCCAGUGCACCGACACGCCGCUGCCGCCCUUCUACAGCCUUCGGACCGCGACGGGACAGCCGGCCGACGGCCUCUGGUGCUUGUUGCAAGAUAUAACGAAUAUUUUACAGAUAAAAUCAAAGGAGAGUUUACUAAAACAAAUCCACUGCGGGUCGGGAUCACCCAAGGAGCUGCUUCGGGAGAUUCGCACCCAGGAAUUCCUCGAGAGAGCGCAGUGCCAUCAACUUCUAUGUGCUGGAGAAAAAGUGAAUGUGCGCGCCUCGAAGGUCUCUCUCAUACGCGUUACUGAUAAACUGAGACAACUCUUGAAGAUCGAAACUGUUCUUGUUAGCUGACAUUAGUUACAUAUCCAAUGAGAUCAUCUAUUAUAAUAUCCGAAAAUUUAUCUUUAGUGAGUUAUGUGGAAAUUAAAUUGUGUGAACAUUGUUGAUAGUAUUAUCGUUUGAUGUUACUGUGAAAUAUUGUAAUAUGGAAGAAAAUGAUGAAAUAUGAGUAACAUUUGUACGAACUAAACAUAUAUUGUGUAUAAAUUUAAUUGGAAGGGGAGCAAUUGGGACAAGAAAGUGAUGAAACAUAUUUUAUUUCAGCUAGGAGUUUAUCUGUAUUGAUAUUACAGAGACAGAUCUAAGAUCUCAUACUAAAAUAUUAAAAAUACGUGUAUUAAAUUAAAAUAUCUUAAUAUUGAUCCUGUGUAGAAAGAAUAAAGCAAUCUUUAUAUCUAGUUUGACUGAUUUUUUGUAAAAAGAAAAAAAUACUAAACAAGAAUGUAUCUCAUUUACGAACAAAAUAGUUAUUUGUUUUCUGAGACUGUGUAAAUUAAGGCAGCAAUUACAUAAUGAUUUUAUUUGAGUGACGCAUGUGUAGGUCAAGUGAGAUAUAUCGUGUGCUCUAUUGAACCACCUGUAUAUACUGUAAAUAAAAAUAAUUAAUCGCAAAUGUUCAUAGUAUAUGUCGCUUUAAUUGUAUUAUAUUCUCAUGGGUGCUAUUUAACGUUGGUGUAUGGUGUUUAUCGGGUAAGUUAGAUAAAUAGUAUAUUGCGGCAAUGAUAGUAUAAUAUUAGAAAUUAACAUGAUAUAGUUACCAUAAUGUAAUUUAAGAUAAAUAAAUAGCAUAAUCUUGAGUGUGCAAUAGUAUACGUUCGUUGUGAGUGCACCGUAGAUGAAUUUGUGUGAAAUUUGCAUCUAAAUGCUGAAAACCUAAUGUCCAAUCGCAUGUAAUACACUUAUGUCAAGCAAAAUAUAUGGGCAUAGGUUAAUAUCACUAACCGAGUUUAAAAUCGUUCGUGACAUUACAAUUUAUUUUAAUGAUUAAGGAAAUGUGAAAAAAGCAUAAGCAAUGAAUUGGGAUCGCUGAAAAGUUAACUAUAAAAUUGCGCGCUAUGAAGAAGUAUCAUCAUAUAGUCGUGAGGAGUAUUUUCGUUUUAGAUCUCUACUAUUUUAAAUAUCUCGAAUUUCCUAGACACUUUCAGAACAUCAGCGAUAGAAAAAAGUUACUUUUGAACGAAUAUUGAACAACAUUGUAUCAAUCUUUCUGAGAUUAUGCUAAUGCUAAGUAAUUAGAUAAUUUCUUUAUGAUCUUGUAUCCUAGUAUCUAACAAUAUAUUUUUGUUCAUUGUUAUGUUUGCCAAUAUUUGUCUGCCUGACAUAUUUUUAUUGUACAAUUAUUUCUUAUCACUUAUUUUUAAUAAAGUUGUUUUUAUUUAUACUGUCCAAUAAGAAUUAGGAAAUUUUAUU